AUGCCAUCAACAAAAUCGUCGUCAAACGUUAAAAAUUUUACUACUACUACUACUCACGAUGGUUUGGAUUUGGAUGAUGUUCUCCCGGAAAUUGGAGAAUUUGGAAAAUAUCAAAAAUACUUGUUUUGGUUUGUUUGCCUACCGGCGUGCAUUCCAUGCGGAUUCUGCGCUUUUAAUCAAAUAUUUAUGUCGGGAGUUCCUGAACAUUGGUGUAAAAUCCCUUCGCUCAUGAAUUUACAACCUGAAAAAAGGAAACAAUUAGGAAUUCCUCUCGAGGAUGAGGAAAAUCACAUCUACAGCAGUUGCUUUAGAUUUAAUUUAAGUUGGAUCAAUUUUACAUUUUUAGAUGAUUAUGAAAACAUGUCUGACGUCACUUCUUCUUCCGGUAAAAAUGUUGAACCUUGUUUUGACGGUUGGGAAUAUAAUAAAUCAACAAUUGAAUCAUCCGUUGUCGUUGAUUUUAAUCUUGUUUGUGAAAAAGAUUUGUAUCCAACGAUCGGUUUGUCUGCUUUAAAUGCUGGAGGUCCGAUCGGUGUUUACAUUUUUGGAAUAUUGAAUGAUAAAAUCGGUCGUAAGUUUUCUUUUUUUGCUUGUUUGGCCAUUCUUUUAACCGGAGGAAUUCUUACGGGUGUCUCAUCUAAUUUUUGGCUCUGGGCUUGGAGUAGAUUUAUCGUCGGUUUAACAGUUCCAGCCAUUUAUCAGAUUCCAUUUAUUAUAUCACUGGAAUUAGUCGGACCCAAUUACAGAGCUUUUGUAACUGUUUUCACAUGUUUGGCAUAUACAUUCGGUUUGAUUCUUCUCUCCGGCGUGGCAUACCUUUUACCAGAUUGGAGAUUGCUAGCAUUUGCAACAUCCGUUCCGUUUCUUUUGUACUUCGGAUACUGGUUUUACUUACCGGAGUCGCCGAGAUGGUUGAUAACCAAAGGACGAUUCGACGAAGCUCUUCUCAUUUUAGAAAAAAUUGCUCAGACAAAUGGGAAAAAAUUACCGGAAGCAUUUAAAACGUGUUUAAAAAGAGAAAUGCUUUCAAAAACAAUGAGCGAAGAAAAUAAAAAAAAUAAAAAAUGGCCGAAAUUUGGUGAUCUUUGUUUAACUCCAAAUAUGCGUCUCAAAACGAUACUCAUUACUUUUAGUUGGUUUGCCAACGAAAUGGUUUACGUUGGUUUGAGUUACUAUGGUCCCUCAUUGGACACCAAUGCUUAUCUUAGUUUUUUUCUAUCAGCCGUAGUUGAAAUUCCAAGUUAUUUGGGGUGUUGGGUUGUAAUGGAUCGAUGGGGUCGAAGAUGGCCACUGUGUUUGUGUAUGGUUAUAAGUGGAAUUUGUUGCAUCGCGACAGUUCUUAUACCUCCAGAUUAUACUACCUUGACAUUGGUUUUGUAUCUCGUAUCGAAAUCGGCAAUUUCCGCUUCCUUUCUAAUAAUUUAUCCAUUUGCCGGAGAACUUUAUCCGACGCAAUUGAGAGGAAUCGGAAUCGGUACUUCCGCUUACGUCGGCGGAUUAGGAUUAAUAAUCAUACCUUUUAUUAAUUACCUGGGACGUGAAAAUCUCAUACUUCCGUUGCUAAUAAUGGGAAUCGUAUCCGUAAUCGGUGGACUCACGAGUUUAAGACUACCGGAAACUCUUCGUCAAAAAUUACCACAAACGAUAUUAGAAGGAGAAGAAUUUGGUAAAAAUUGGACAUUGAAAAAUUGUUGGAGUUGCGUUCCGGAAAGUUCGACUCCGAACUCUUACGAAGAUUUAAGCAAGGAUGAUUUCCAGGAAGAAAUUGAAAUAAAACCUCCUCUGAUAAGAAAAGCGAGUCGUUUAAUCAGGGAAAGUAGCGUUAUGGAAACAAAUUUAGAUUCUUCUGGAAUAAUGCAAAUGACUUAUUGGUUUUAG